AUGGUUGGGAGCAUUGAGAAGUGUGGGGCAGAAGAUAUUCUGUCAGAUAUUUCCGUUCUAAAGGAUGUGGUCGUGGGGCAACAGUUUUCUCCGGUGGUGGUAGCGAACGGAUAUGUGAACGGAGGUAGGGAGAUCGUGCUGGGACGGAACAUUCACACAACAUCUUUGGCUGUGACGGAGCUCGAUGCGAACGACGAGUUCACCGGGGAUAAGGAGGCUUACAUGGCUAGCGACUUGGCUGGCUACAGAAAGACCCUCCUCGAAAGGACCAAAUACCAUAUAGGUUAUCCUGCUAAUCUAGAUUUCGAUUAUGGUGCUUUGGCGCAAUUGCAGCAAUUCUCCAUUAACAAUCUUGGUGAUCCUUUUAUUGAAAGCAACUAUGGUGUCCAUUCAAGACAGUUUGAGGUUGGCGUUUUAGAUUGGUUUGCUCGUCUCUGGGAAAUAAAGAAGAAGGCAUAUUGGGGGUAUAUCACAAAUGGUGGCACAGAAGCUGUUGGGAAUAACUCCAAUCUUCAUGGUAUUUUAGUUGGGAGGGAAAUGUUUCCGGAUGGGAUUUUGUAUGCUUCAAGGGACUCGCAUUAUUCUAUUUUUAAAGCAGCAAGAAUGUAUAGAAUGGAGUGUGUGAAGGUUGACACUUUGGUUUCUGGUGAGAUUGAUUGUGCAGAUUUUAAGGUUAAACUACUGGCCAAUAAAGACAAACCAACCAUCAUCAAUGUUAAUAUAGGGACAACAAUCAAAGGAGCAGUUGAUGACCCUGAGGUUGUCAUAAAAGCUCUUGAAGAAACUGGAUUCACUCAUGAUCGGUUCUACAUUCAUUGUGACGGAGCUUUAUUUGGACUUAUGAUGCCUUUUGUCAACUGUGCACCCAAAGUAUCUUUCAAGAAGCCUAUAGGAAGUGUUGGUGUUUCUGGUCAUAAGUGGAUUGGAUGUCCAAUGCCUUGCGGUAUCCAGAUAACAAGGCUGGAACACAUCAAUGCCUUGUCAAGGAAUGUUGAGUACCUUGCUUCAAGGGAUGCCACAAUAACGGGAAGCCGGAAUGGUCAUGCUCCCAUCUUUCUGUGGUACACCCUCAACAAAAAAGGCUACAAAGGGUUCAAGAAAGAAGUCCAGAUAUGCCUUAGAAAUGCUCACUAUUUGAAGGACCGCCUACAUGCUGCUGGGAUUAGUGCUAUGUUGAAUGAGCACAGCAACACAGUUGUGUUUGAGCGACCUUUGGAUGAGAAUUUUGUUCGCAAGUGGCAGUUAGCCUGCCAAGGAAAUAUAGCACAUGUCGUGGUGAUGCCCAGUGUCACAAUUGAGAAGCUGGAUGAUUUCUUUGAUGAACUAGUUGUAAAACGCUCAUCCUGGUAUCAAGGUGGAAAAGCCAAGCCUCCUUGUAUUGCAGAAGAGAUUGGGAGCGAGAAUUGUUUUUGUACCUCGCAUGAUGGUGGAGUCUUAGGAAUAGAGAAUCGUCUUUGUACUCUGCGUGGGUGAGUCAUUGUGUUCCCAUGCAUUCUGGUGUUGUUUUGUUUGUAAGAAAAUGCUUGAUUCAAGGAGAAUUUACUUCCUGGGGGUGUUUGUUUGUUGUUUCCCUUUUCCAGUU